AUGACUAAUAAUGAGUACACUGGUGUGUUACGUAUUAAUAGUUUAAGAGAUGAAGUUGAUAAUGGUGCUAGUUAUAAUUGUUCAGUUAGUGUGACUCCUAAUACUCCUUUUAUAUUAACAGGGAAUGAUAAUAGCAGUGCAGUUACAUUAACUGUAGCAAGGUUUGAUAUCAAUCAUGUUGAUAUAAGUAUCAAUAUUCCUUCUGUUCCUGUUGCUGGUGAUGUAUUCAAUUUAUCUUGUGUUAUAGUUGGACCUCCUAAUUUUGUUGAAAAUCUUACUAAUGUCAGAUGGACUUAUGAUUUAGAAGCAUCUCAAGCUGUGACUAGUGAAAACAAUGAUGCUACACUAGUACCUGUUACAAUAUUACUGUCAAGUAGCAAUUAG